CGACUCACAGAGUUCAAAUUCGGGCGACGGCCAGUGGCCGGACCGAGUGGUUGAUGGAGAAUUUGAAGCUCGAGGAGACUGGGAAACCCCUCACUCGGCAUGUAUGUCACCUUCCCGGAGGUGAUCAGCCUGUGCCUUCCGAUCGCGCUCAUACUCGCUGCUGCGCUCGAGGGGCACUGAGAGGAGGUCCGGGCGCCGCCGCCGCACCUCUUCCUACUGACGAGCCAGGUGUUCAUAGAGGGGGGUUUUCGUGCUGCCGAUUUCUACAAUUCGAGGAGGAUCUUUACGAUUAUGGAUUGGAUAAGGAGCGCGACAACGAGGGCUGUGGAUUGGUUGCCAGAAAAAUAAUGGGGCUCGCUCAUCGUCUACAUCGGUCACACAGACAAGGACCACAUGGUCGAGGUCAAACAAGCUCCUCCCCGACGAGGCCCGCCACGAAACCCACGACAAAGCCCGACACAUCGGUUGCCGCCACGAAUGGGAGGCGAAGGUGGAGGCUGUCGGUGGCUCUGACACCGAGCACGUUUCCGAUCCCCGUGAAGAAGACGAAGGAGGGCCCGAGUGGGGCCGUGGAUGACGUUGUUGGAUAUGUCAGAGUAUCCAAAGCCGACCAAAAAAAUGGCCGGUUGUCGCCC